AUGGACUCGCUCGACGCUGAGGGUCUGACCCCUUUAGUUCCCUUCGGGAAACAAAGAGCAGACUGUGGUGAGCUGGCGGAGCGCUGCCAAACCGCUCUUUGCUGCAGCCCCUUUGGACAAAGCCCCGCAGGAACCCUGCUCAGAGCUGAGACGGUGCCCCUCCCCGCGGGGGAGGGGCUGGAGGGGAUGGCUGCCGCGGUCCUAUACGUAUAUACAUAUACCGACAUCUAUAUAGAGAGAUAG